CACACUGGAAAAACACCGGGACUGUUUCAACGGAGCACGUCCCACAUAUGUGACUGAGUACCGUUCGUCUGCGAACGCUGCCGGAGCACGGAGCUCUUCAUUAACCGAGGCACAGUAUCUGCGUACAUUACUUCGUGACAAGCAGCGGUGCAGACCCUCCUCCUCGCUUUGAGCCACAUUAUUACCGUGCAUCAUGUCAAAUACUGGUACAGCCUCACAAAAACCAGCCAAGAGCCAAAACUCUGCAGCCCGUGGUUCCAGCUCCAGAGGCCUCAAAGAAAUUCACAUCGAUGAAGAGGUCAAGAUAGCAGUAAACCUCUCUCUGGAGAGGUUUCUCUACAGUGACCAGAGAGAGAUGGAAUUUCCCUCCUCCUUGACCAGUACUGAGAGGGCAUUCAUUCAUCGAAUGGCACAGUCCCUGGGUUACAUUUCUAAGAGCAAAGGGAAAGGACCAAAUCGCUUCCUCACCAUCAGGAAGAAGGAUGGUUCGGACAAACCUCGGCCGACCAUGCCCCUCACACUCUCCCACAAUUCCUUAUUUUUCAUCCGCAGCCUGCUUCAGAGGUUCCCUGUCAGCAAUAAGGAACGCACAGACAUGCAGCCCAACAACAAAAGUGGCAUGUCUGUGCCUGCAGAGCCUGACAACAGUUUUGACAGGAACAGGGCGAGUGGGCGCUUAAACAACGGCAUUCCCAUGGUGCCUCGGAGGAGGAAUCCAUCAGAGCUGGACAGUUUUCGACGCUCACUGCCUGUUCAUGAACGCCAGGAGGAGAUCAUCCAGCUCAUCAGAGGAAACAGGGUGGUGCUGGUGGUGGGAGAGACUGGCUCUGGAAAAACUACACAGAUUCCACAGUUUCUGCUGGAUGACGGCUGCAGGAACGGAGAGCCCUGCAGGAUCUUGUGCACUCAGCCCAGACGCCUGGCCGCCAUCGCUGUGGCAGAGAGAGUGGCGGCAGAGAGAGGAGAGAGUGUGGGCCAGACAGUCGGCUAUCACAUCAGACUGGAGAGCAGGGUCUCUCCCAAGACGCUGCUGACCUUUUGCACCAGUGGAGUGUUCCUCAGGACACUGAUGGCUGGAGAUGCCAGCCUGACAACUGUCACACAUGUCAUUGUGGAUGAGGUGCAUGAGCGCGACGGUCUGACAGACUUCCUGCUCACUAAGAUGCGGGAUGUGCUCCAGAAGGUCCCCACGCUGAAACUGAUCCUGUCCAGUGCAGCUCUGGAUGUAGACCUGUUCCUUAAGUACUUUGGCUCCUGCCCUAUCAUCCACCUCAAAGGAAGACAGUUUGAAGUGCAGGAACUCUUUCUGGAGGACAUUCUGAGGCUGACAGGUUUUAACAGCAAGGACAUGAGGAAAUACAAGGAAGAGACACAGAGAAAGGAGAAGAAGCAGAAACGUUUGACGGAGUGGUGUAAGGCGGUGGAGAACAGUUGUGUCGAGGAGACACGGAGCAGCCCCGUGUCUGUCCCAGGCUUCCUUCAGGACAGCAGCUCCCUGGACAGAGGGGACGGCACCUUCAACAAGCCGAACGAGAAUGGCUCAGAACAGCUGGAGCCGUGGCUGCUGAAGGAGAUGGACUCCUGCAUUUCCAGCAUUUUCCUUGGCGAAGACCAGGACGCUUUCACUCAGCUCUUCAACCUCAUCCUCUAUGAAAGUGUGAACGUGGACUACGCACACAGUGAGACAGGGGCCACGCCUCUGAUGGUGGCAGCAGGUCGAGGGUUCCUCACACAGAUGGAGCAGCUGCUCAACAUGGGGGCCGACAUCAACAUGAAGGCGUCUAAUGGAUGGACAGCCUUAGACUUUGCCAAACACUUCCAGCAGACAGAGGCUGUGGAUCUACUCAAAUCCUCCAUACCUUUGAGAGAGGCAAGCUGCCUGGAUGAGUUCACACUGGUGCAGCGUGGCGGUGCAGAGCUGAGCACCGAAGAGCAGGAGCUGCUCAAACUGUACCACCACAGCUUUGAUGAUGAGUGGGUGGACCUGGACCUCAUCAUGGAUCUGCUGCACAACAUCUGCUCCACCACCUGUGACGGUGCUGUGCUGAUUUUUCUCCCUGGAUAUGAUGAGAUCGUGUCACUCAGGGACCGCAUCCUGUACGACGAUAAGCGAUUCUCCACACACACUGAGAGGUUCCAGGUGUUCACGCUACACUCAGACAUGCAGACUCUGGAUCAGAAGAAAGUCAUGAAGACCUCGCCACCUGGUGUCAGGAAGAUAAUUCUUUCUACUAACAUUGCUGAGACGAGCAUCACCAUCAACGAUGUGGUCUUUGUCAUUGAUUCAGGAAAGGUCAAAGAGAAGUCCUUUGACACCCUCAGUCAUGUGUCUAUGUUAAAGACGGUUUGGAUCUCGAAAGCCAGUGCACUACAAAGGAAGGGCAGAGCCGGGCGAUGCAGACCAGGUAUUUGCUUCCACCUCUUCAGUCGACUCAGGUUCAACAACAUGCUGGAAUUCCAGGUCCCGCAGCUGCUGCGGAUGCCGCUGCAGGAACUGUGUCUGCAGACCAAACUCCUGGCUCCCUCCUCCUGUCCAGUGGCUGAGUUCUUGUCCAAAGCUCCACAGCCUCCUCCUACACAUGCCAUCAGGAACGCUGUGCACAUGCUAAAGACAAUAGAUGCUAUGGACCAGUAUGAAAACCUGACUGAUUUGGGCUACCACCUGGCUGAUCUACCUGUCGAACCCCACCUUGGCAAGAUGGUGCUGUGCGCUGUGGUGCUCAAGUGUCUGGACCCCAUUCUAACCAUUGCCUGUACGUUGGCCUAUCGUGAUCCCUUCGUCCUUCCUGCCCAGGGCUCUCAGAAAAGAGCUGCUCUACACUGCCGGAAACGUUUCACAUCCAACACCUUCAGCGACCAUAUGGCCCUUCUGAGAGCCUUCCAGGCAUGGCAGAAGGCCCGCAGUGACGGCUGGGAGAGAUCCUUCUGUGAGAAGAACUUCCUGUCCCAGGCCACCAUGGACAUGAUCCUUGGCAUGAGGACACAGCUGCUGGGACAGCUCCGUGCCAUUGGUUUUGUGCGGGCCCGUGGAGGCAGCGACAUCCGUGAUGUGAAUUUGAACUCUGAGAACUGGGCCGUGGUGAAGGCAGCCCUGGUGGCUGGCAUGUAUCCAAACCUGGUCCAUGUCAACCGGGAGACCUCAAUGGUCUCUAGUAACAGGGAGAAGAAGGUCCACUUUCAUCCCACUUCUAUCCUGAGCCAGUUCAAGGAGAACAGCUCAGCAAAGUUGGCCCAGGCCUUUCCCACAGACUGGCUGAUCUACGACGAGAUGAGCCGAGGCCACAGGAUGGCCAGUGUCCGCUGCUGCUCUGUGGUGACUCCCAUCACUGUGGCCAUAUUCGGAGGUUGUGCCAAGCUAACCAGUUCUGCCCACCAGCAACCGACUGUACAGAAAGCAACUGACAGCCCACUGGAUGACGACAGUGACAGUGAGACAGAGGACCUAUCUGAGAUGAGAAUAGACGACUGGCUCGUCUUCCAAUUGGACAGAGAGGCUGCAGGACUUCUGUUUGAACUGAGGCAGAAGUGGCAAAAUUUGUUCUGCAAGAGGAUCCGCUGUCCUUCAAAGCCCUGGUCUCCGCAGGAUGAGGCCAUCAUCCACACCCUGGUUUCUGUGCUAGUAGCAGAGGAGCAGGGAGCAGGCCUCCAGCAGCCCUCAGGGAUUGGCCAGCGGCCCCGGCCCAUGUUGUCAGAGGAGGGGCCCCAGACCUCUGGGAAGAACUCCAAGAACAGCCCCCAGCUACCCACCACCACCUCCCAUGACAAGUCUUGUAGGAUGCCAGCAGUCUCAGGCGUGCAUCAGAUGAAAUCCCACAGCAGAGAUGAAACCUCACUGCCUCAGGUUUCAAAGCCACUGUCCCCUCAGCUGGUCAGUUCAUCAGCCCGGUACUUCAUCAUGAAGAGCAGCAACUACAGGAACAUAGAAAUUUCUCAGCAGAAAGGGAUCUGGUCCACCACGCCAAGCAAUGAGACCAAACUCAGCAAGGCCUUCUUGGAGAAUAGCCACAUCAUCCUCAUCUUCUCUGUUCAGGGUUCUGGACGCUUCCAGGGCUACGCUCGCAUGACAUCAGUCAUCAGUCAGGAGAACUGCCAGGACUGGGGUUUCAUGGGACUGGGAGGGGUUUUCAGUGUAGAGUGGAUUCACAAGGAGAGUCUUCCCUUCCAGUGCACCCAACACAUCCUUAACCCAUGGAACGACAACAAGAAGAUCCAGAUCAGCAGGGACGGACAGGAAUUAGAGCCCCAGGCAGGCAGCCAGCUACUCUUACUGUGGGACAAAAGCUCUGGGGACCAGGUUCAGUAAGGAGCAUCAGCAGGACACACCUCUGCACCACAUUCACCAGGUUUUCUUCUUAACCCAUCAAAUCUGACUCAAAACUCCAUGCAUGCAUGGUAUAUUGAUAGACACAUAUAUUUUUCUAUUUAGCUUUAAACAGUCCAAGGACAGCACUACCAGUAAGAUGACAGGACAGUGGGACUGAUUCAUCCUAAAGCUGAAGUUCAGCUCUUGUCUUCUCCUGUGUCUCUGUUUUUUAUUCCUAUCUUAUCUAAAUGUAUUAAAGAAGUAAGUUCUCAUUCAGUGUGUAUUCAGAAUGGUACUCGUGUUCUUAACCAGUAUGUUCACAGUUAAAUGUCUGUGGCUCUGUGGAAGUUCUCAACAGGAACUAUUCAUCGUUCAGAAACAAUGCUCCUCUGUACAUCAACUAACGUUGCGUUUGUUAGACUUUGCUUCGCUCUCGUGAUGUUGGGAUGCCUCCGGCUCCCCUGGGAACAGCAGGGACUAUUUAUGGGACUCAUUCACCCACUUUUUGAAACUGUUUACUAAGUGAAGAACGAAAAAAUAAAUUGACGUGUUUUGUUAGUGUUCGAACCUUGAAAAUGAAAUGUGUUCAUUCCUGCAGCUGUGUGAGCUGUUUGGACUGUUGAGUAAAGGUGUCGUCAUGAUUUUAAUGGAAUGGCAACAGCUAAUAAAUUGUG